AUGAUCGCAUCGAAGUCCUAUAAAACUGCUAUGGCCAACGACGAGAUGGACGGACUCGGAGAGCUCGCAUCGUCCAAGCCGAUUUCCUUGAGUCAACUCUGCACUAGAGCAAGCUCACGGUCAAAAAAUGGUCGUGCAGUGAAAGCACUCUUGGCCCAAAUGGAUACAGAUAACAAGCUGGAGGAACCCCAAGUUGGCGCAAAUGGCUACGGGGCCGGUCAGGAUAGACCUCUCACUCGCGUUCCAGCUCUCCAUCAUGCGAAUAACGGGGAGAGUAGAUGGGACUGCUAUCCAGAAGAGGAUCCAGCACCUUCAAGACUCCAUUCACAGGGGCAUAUCUAUGGAGCUGGCGAGCAGGGUUGGUACCGGAGUGUAAAUAGCCACCAGCAGCAAAAUCCUCUGAGCUACUCCAGUGAUUUUGGCUCUGCUUUCCAUGCACCCCGCUCUCAGCAGCACAGUUGUAUUUCUGAAAGUCCGUUUUUGAAGAACAACAACUAUCCCCAAUCGGAGCACAAUACAUGGCCAGCAGCCAUGCAUCACAUGAACGAACGGCCUUCCCUCAGUGCACUACAGUCUGAUUCGUACCGCCAGAGCCUCAUCCCCGAGAGUAACUUCGUCUCAGAUUCAUCGCUUAACCUUUAUAGGGCCAGCUUUGAUCGGCCCGAUAAUCAGUCUCCAUAUGGUUCACUACGGCUUCAACCCUCUUGCCCUCGGAACCCAGGAUCCUACGAGACCUCGUCUGCGGUAAACCCACAACACGAGCGUUACAGAGAUUAUGCAUUUAUCCGAUCUGGAACCACAUUGACAGACUUUCCUCAAGAGCAGAACCAUGAGGCAAGCAAAUACCCUCGGGAAUACCGGCCACAGACGUCAGCCUCUUGCGCUCAACCUUCAUACCAUGCACAGGCAUCAUACACCUCCAGUACAAGGCUUUCGACUCCUGACACCUUCAAUCCAUAUAAGAAUGGCGCACGGGAUGAAACCAUCGCGUGUCAUGGUGUUGUCCAAAACCCCACAUUUCACAUAAGACAAACAGCACUUCCCGACCCUUUCGUGGAAACUAAGCCCCCUACAGCGCACAGGCAUCAGGAGUUGGACUACAAGUCUAAAGAAAUAGCCUUGCUUUCAGCUAAGCUAGACGAAUAUAUCAAGUAUCCACACAAGCAAUCGCCAGCGGAUCAUCUAUCAGACUCCGGAAAGGAAACGCUGAAAUCGCUCUGCGAGUCUGCAGCCAUUGAGCAGCCACCGUUUAAGAGAAAGUCCCCUAUUGAUUAUAUGAAUAGUAAAUUGAAGGAGAGCCUUGACCGACUCCCCACAGGGCUUCGAAGCACAGCGGCGGGCAAAAUCAUACGACCUCCCCCUGGAAUCCCUAAGCCAGUCAUGAAUCAGAUGGUGAACGAACCUUCAUAUUUGGUAAUAGGCACCAAUAUACGGCUCAACAACGCAAACUCGUGGUUUCAUAGAGACCCCCGAGGAGAGGAGCACCUUCGGCAGCAGGUCACCGACAUUGCCCAAAAUUACGCUGAGAGUGUUGAGAGGCUCACUGGAGCAGAUGGCACGACCGCGAAGCAAAUGACUUUACUUUUGGGAAAUGUCAUUGUCAAUUUACACUCUUACGUCGGCACUGGAGGUCAGACCUCGAACUUUUCAGACUUUGUCGGAGAAAAAGCUUGCCACUGGGAACGUUUUUGCGGCCGCCGUAGCUAUUUUGACCGUGAUCCAUCUAUCGGUAAUUGGAGGGUUCCCUUGGGCCGCACACUGUCGAGCAUGAGCACGAAGACAGAUCAAAACCCGUCUUAG